CCCGAAAUCUCAUUCAAUCCGUCCGGCCGCUCCAUUCCGAUUCAGACUGAUCCUCUGUGUUUCUGACAUUAUAACGGUCACGUGACCGCCGAUGUGGUACUGUUAUUGGCCCGGGAGGUUUCGUCUCUCUGGACACAUUCAAUUGUUCGUGCGGUGUUGAGUGAAAAUGGCCGUCGCCAGUGCUGCAUAGUAUAUACUCCACUCUGCUGUCCCCAUUGUUUCGGAUUGUGGCACCCCCCUCUGCACCCCGGGUUGCGAGCGGUCUCCAAAGAUGCCGAGCGCUUCCUUCACCGCCUCCAGGUCGUGCGUGAGGAGGUCCCGAAGGAAAGGUGCCAACAGGAUACCCACACCUUCGAGAACAACCUCUGCAGAACCAUGUGAACCGUCGUGUCCGAUCCCGAACCAGAACAUUCCAGCGCCGUUGGCGCCGGCCAGUGGCUCCUCGUCGGCGAUGGCGCCGAGCACCAGCAGCAGCACAGUGCCCGCCCACCAUUCGCCAUACGAUCUUCGUCGCAAGUCGCCGUCCCAUCACGAGGGCGGUCCCAGUACCAGCGCCGCGACUGCCGGUUCGCCGACUUCUCCAGCCACGCCCACGGCCCCCGCUCAGGUUUGCUACGCCUCCACGAUGUUACCAGCAAGGAAGAGGCCCCGUCGGACCUUCUCCACCUCGUACGAAAAUUGCACCGCCACAGCUGCACACUACUUGCAGUACGAACUUCCCGAUGAAGUAUUGCUCACGAUAUUCAAUUACCUCCUCGAGUUGGAUUUAUGCAGGGUCAGUCAAGUGUGCAAGCGAUUCCAGGCGAUUGCAAAUGACACUGAAAUUUGGAAACGUUUAUAUCAGAGCGUAUACGAGUAUGACUUGCCAUUGUUCAAUUCGGCUCCGUGCCGUUUCGAGUUCGUCAGCCCCGAAGAAUCGGAUCUGGCCAACCCUUGGAAGGAGUCCUUCCGACAACUGUAUCGUGGUAUCCACGUCAGACCCGGCUACCAGGAUCUGACUUUCAAAGGACGCAAUUUAUGUUAUUUUAAUUCGGUUCAAGGAGCUUUAGAUUAUGCAGAUGAGCGAAGCGCCGCAACAAGCGGUACUAAUUAUUCAGGUACAUGCACCAAUACCCAUUCUUCCGAACCCACCAAUCAAGGGGCUCUUAUAUUCUUGCACGCCGGGACGUAUCGCGGUGAAGUACUGGUAAUUGACUCGGACAUUUCACUGAUCGGCGCAGCCCCGGGGAACGUCGCGGAAUCCGUUAUAUUGGAGCGCGAAUCCGAAUCGACACUGAUGUUCGUCCAAGGGGCAAAACAAGCAUACGCAGGUCAUCUAACAUUGAAGUUCUCACCGGACGUUACAUCUACGGUGCCACAUCAUAAAUAUUACUGUUUGGAGGUCUUUGAAAACUGCAGCCCCACAAUCGAUCACUGCAUCAUCAGAAGCACGUCUGUAGUGGGCGCCGCUGUCUGCGUUAGCGGAGUUGGUGCGAAUCCCGUCAUCCGACACUGCGGUAUAUCGGACUGCGAGAACGUAGGUCUUUACGUAACUGAUUACGCGCAGGGAACCUACGAGGAUAACGAGAUUAGCCGCAACGCUCUAGCUGGGAUUUGGGUGAAAAACUAUGCCAAUCCUAUAAUGCGGCGGAACCACAUUCACCAUGGACGCGAUGUUGGUAUAUUUACCUUCGAUAACGGCCUGGGCUAUUUUGAAGCGAACGAUAUUCACAAUAAUCGAAUUGCUGGAUUCGAGGUGAAGGCGGGGGCAAAUCCGACUGUGGCGCACUGCGAGAUUCAUCAUGGGCAGACGGGAGGUAUUUACGUGCAUGAAAAUGGGCUUGGACAAUUCAUCGACAACAAGAUUCAUUCAAACAACUUCGCCGGAGUGUGGAUCACAUCGAACAGCAAUCCGACGAUCAGGCGUAACGAGAUCUACAAUGGUCACCAGGGUGGUGUCUACAUAUUCGGUGAAGGUCGUGGUCUGAUCGAGCACAAUAACAUCUAUGGAAACGCGCUGGCUGGUAUCCAGAUACGCACCAACAGUGAUCCUAUUGUGCGACACAACAAGAUCCACCAUGGUCAGCACGGUGGAAUUUACGUACACGAGAAAGGGCAAGGCCUUAUUGAAGAGAACGAAGUGUACGCAAAUACUCUUGCUGGAGUAUGGAUCACGACGGGUAGUACUCCGGUCCUGCGACGUAACAGAAUUCAUUCCGGAAAGCAAGUGGGCGUCUACUUCUACGACAACGGACACGGAAAGCUAGAGGAUAACGAUAUUUUUAACCAUCUAUACUCGGGCGUACAGAUCCGAACUGGCAGCAAUCCGGUCAUCCGCGGUAACAAGAUCUGGGGAGGCCAGAAUGGAGGUGUUCUCGUCUACAACGGCGGCCUCGGUCUGCUGGAGCAGAACGAGAUCUUCGACAACGCUAUGGCCGGAGUCUGGAUCAAAACCGAUUCCAAUCCAACGCUGAAGCGUAACAAGAUCUUCGAUGGAAGGGACGGCGGUAUAUGCAUUUUCAAUGGCGGCAAGGGCAUCCUCGAGGAGAACGAUAUCUUCAGAAACGCGCAAGCAGGUGUGCUCAUCUCCACACAGAGCCAUCCCAUCCUGAAGCGAAACAGAAUCUUCGACGGUCUCGCCGCUGGAGUAGAGAUCACCAAUAAUGCUACGGCCACCCUCGAGUUCAACCAGAUUUUCAAUAAUCGUUUCGGAGGUUUGUGCUUGGCCAGCGGAGUGCAGCCCAUCGUCCGAGGUAACAAGAUUUUCAAUAAUCAAGACGCAGUGGAAAAGGCUGUCGCAAACGGGCAAUGCCUGUAUAAGAUAUCUAGUUAUACAUCAUUUCCCAUGCACGAUUUCUACCGAUGUCAGACGUGCAACACGACAGAUCGCAACGCAAUCUGCGUCAACUGCAUUAAGACUUGCCAUGCCGGACAUGACGUCGAGUUUAUUAGACACGACAGAUUUUUCUGUGAUUGCGGCGCUGGGACAUUAACAAACCAAUGUCAGUUGCAAGGUGAACCAACCCAAGAUACCGACACACUUUACGAUUCUGCAGCCCCGAUGGAAUCGCACACGCUCAUGGUGAAUUAGUAUUAAGACACACCAAACCCAACACAAAGCUAUUUAUAUAUAUAUAAUAUAUAUAUAUUAUAUUUCAAGUUACACCAAUUUUUACGGAUUGCAGCUGGUAACCAAGUGUUUAAAAGUUGACGUCUAUUACAUAAAGUUAUUUAUAUCUAUAACUAUCUAUAUCCAAAAAAAAGAGGAAAAAAAAAACAGGUUUAUAUAUGAAAUUGUGAGUGUGAUUUUGUUUUGAAGUGGGUUUUGAUCAGUGCUUCACGUGAAGAGAAGGGACAAUUUCAUUUUUUACACGAUGGAAACACUUUACUUACGUUGUGAUCGUAGUGUCUGUCAUUAUUUCUCUCUUAAUAUUUUAAGUAGACGUGCGAGAUGUUUAGGGUGACUUGCGUAUGCUUUGCAGAAGAUCGUAGUAUGCAAUAUAAAAAUAAUAAUAAUAAUUAUAAUAAUAUAAUUAACGAUACAUUACACGACUGAUUUUCUUUUCUGUUUAUUUUAAUUUGUUUUUUUUUUUCUACAUUUUGGGCAUACGUUUUAUAUGUGGACAAUCAAAUGCAGGCUUCCAGAAUCAAAUUAAUAGUAAAUGCUGAUCCAACAAACCAGAGGCAGGCAGAUCAGACUAAAGGAACAAAAUUUGUUGUUUCUAAUCGAAAAAAAGAACUCCAAUUGCAUUUGUUUAAUUUUGCUACAAUAGAAAUACGGGAUUCCUCUCAUUGCACAGCUACUUCUAAAUGAAAAAUUAUAUUUUUCAGAGGCGGUUAAAAUUAUUAUUAUUGAAUCUCAUUGUGUGUAUGCCUGAGUAAUUUCGUCUUGAAGAUCUGCACGAAAGUGUGAUCUUCUUGCGCAUUCUUAUAUGCCGUUGGAGUAAAUGUGAUGAAUGAGGUGCGUCGGAGUGCCGCGAAGUUCAUCGAAUCAAGUCUAAAAUUUCAAUAUUGAUAAGUUUGUUUCGUUUGACGAUUUUCGCUCGCCCAGCUCCAUUUCAACACUUGCAUUUUAUUGCAACGCAAAAAUUCGUUGGGCUUCGCUCACACAUCCGUUUUGCACAAUAACCAAUCGUUGCAAUUGUAAAACAUUAUAUAUAAAUAUUAUAUACAAUACGCCAA